AUGAACUGUAUAUGCUACCACUUUCCAAAUUUGUCAAUAGAAAGAUACGGGACCUUAAAAUUCGCGCAAAACAAAAAAAUCACCAAGGCACAUAGCAACACACAAAAUAAAAAAAAAACUGCAACAGGCGACAGGGUAAACGGGCCUCGCGCAUUGACUCGGUGCAACACCAAGUGCUGUAAUAACAACCAUUUUGUUAAUAUUAGCAGAAUUAGAGCCGUUAGACAGCUUAAAGGCGGAACUUCCAGUGGUAGCGUGCUACCCUUGAAAAAGGUAAAAGCGGAUGCACCUUCCGAAAAAAAAAAUAAUAAAAUAAGUACUAGGGGAAAGAUGAAAGCGACGAAUCAGUCACAUUUGUCUGUAAAUUCGGGUCACGGGGAAAAAAAAAGCUCCAUGCUUCCUAAUAAACAACUAACGGGUAGAAGUAAUGCUGAAGAGAGAGGCCACAACGGAAGUAGUGAUGAAUGUAGUGGUGGAAGUGAAGUCGCAAGUAGAAUCGGAAGUUCAGUUGGGCAUGAAGUCGGAACUGAAAUGAGAAACGAAGUAGGAGGCGAAAACCGAAGUGAACAGAACGCACGCAUAAUGAAAAACUCAACUCAUCAAAAAUUCACAGGGAAUAAUAAAAUAAACCCAAUGGAAAAAAACAAAAGUAAAAGCUGCUCCUUGAGAAACAUUAUGGAUUUCAAUUCAGCCCCUAAUAAAGACAUCCAUGAGGACACCUCGAAUUGGGACCAGCUCUGUGAAAACGAAGAAAGGGAUCCAGAUGUAUACACUCCAUCUAAUGAGCUUUUGGACGAAAAAAAUAUCUGGGAAUGUGCCAAGGGGGAAACGAUAAAGAAAAGAAUUUUGAACAAUGCAAAUGUUUAUACAGUUCGUCAAAAUGAACCCUCUUUAAGCAUCGAAGAAAAAUGCCCCUUGGUAGGAAAACAGAAGGAUAUGCUGUUAGGAGGAGACGAAACUGAAGAUCCCCUUAAAAUGAAUGGGACUGGAUUGGGUGAAAUGCUCAUAAGUAAGAAGAGCUAUUUAAUUGCCGCUUUGGCGAAUAUGCCACGUGGGGAGAAUAAGAAUGGAUCCACGGGGGGCACAAGUGGACUUAGCAUUGGACUUAGUAGUGAUCGUAGCAGUGGGCGUAGUAGUGAACAUUGUAGUGGACGCAGUAGCGAGCAUGGAAGUGCCAAGGAUGAACAGAAGAUUCAGGGAAGCCAAACAGAAGACAUGACCAACAUAUGUGAUGAUAUGCCGUUACUACCAAUCGAAGCGGAAGAAUGUAAAAAAGCAAAAAAAUUAAAAGACGAGGAAUACGCUAAAAAGAAUCUCCCGGAAAACAUUUUAAUGUACAACUUACUUCUCGACAUAUAUAAAGGUUCCAAUGGGGUGAAGAACAACGAGGGGGGAGUCCUGCUCAAUUUGGAAAACCUAGGAAGUCCCGAAGUAGUGAAGAAAAGCACGUCAUCCAGAAAAGAGAUCAAUCACGUGAAAGAGAAAAUGUCGUCGAUUUUGCACGCGAAUAAGGGGAAGAAGCAGGACCCCACUUGUGCAGGUGGAAACUUAAAUUGUAAUAAUCAAAUAGGUUUGCUCAAUGGAGACGCAGUAGAAGGACAUAGCGAGAAAAGUAGCGAGGAUCAGCGAAUCGAGCAGAUGGGAGAACAUGAAAGCGAACCCAGGGAUGACAUGCGGGAAGACCAAAUGGAACACCUGAGAAACCAACUAAAUCACCAUUUAUACAAAAAGUUAACAGACGACACAAUUACCGAAAGUACUAAUAACACCUGCUCCGAUUUCAACGAAAGUACGCACAAUAACAGUUCCACGAAGAGCACCAAAUUUUUAUUUAGUAUGAACAAUGAGGAAGAGAGGGAAUUAUGUGAGAAGAUUACGCUGCCCAAGUCUACGACCAACAGUGCGGUUAAUAGCGUUAGUGUAUACAUGGAUUCUUCUUCAUCCAUGUCGGAUGGAAGUUUAUUCAAUGACGUAAAUAGGAAUAAGUCUAACAUCACUGAGUACGAGAAGAAGGAAAAUGCUUCGCACAAUGUUCAGAAAAGGAAAGAUUGUCCAAAUACAACUCCAAUGAAGCGAGGACGCCUAAUCAAUCAUACCGCGCAUGAUAAAAGCAGUAGCGUUAUGGUGGGAAAUGCAGUUCCUAGUAGUCCUUUCCCCAUCCAUGGGAAAAUAAUUAAUCUCGUUGGGAACAGGCAAGUACAGCAUGCUGAUAAGGAGAAUAAAAAAGACCCAAUCGAGGAGGAGCCAAACAAAACAGCCAAUUUGAAAAGACGCAUAAACCAAGAUGAUGAUUGCAGCUUAAAAAAAAAAUUAAAAAUAGGAGACUAUUCUUUACUCAAUUUAAAUAUAUAUAAAAAUACUUCCCCAGAAUUGUACGAAAAUAAUAGCUACAAUAUGUACAUAUUGAAAAGCCUCCAAGAGUCUUACUUUAAAAAUAAAUUAUUCAGCGAAACGUAUAGCCGAAUCAGAAAUAUCAGUACGAAAAAAGAAGGUAGAAUACCGUCCUACGUUGAGAAUAGCCCCUUCAAUAGUGCAGAAAAGUACAACAGUAAGAGUGGCAGUACGGAAAAAUAUGAUGAAGCGGAGGGGUGGGAUUUUAUUAGACUCACAAAUAAUGAAAUGGAUGAGAAAAUCAACGCGGAAGAAAUGGCAAAGAUGAAGAGGAAGCAAAUUAACGAUAUGAAUAGCUACUAUAAUGAUGUACCACUGAAUGGUAUGGCAUGCCCCCAAGCGACACAACUUAUAAACGUAGAUAACAAUGCAUGCAGAAGUAGCCCCUUGAAGGAACAAAACUUUAGCGCUACAUAUAAAGGAGACGAAGAAGCUGAUGACCAUUUUAACACUAUAUACACGAAUGAAGAAAAUUAUUCCAACCUGCUGAAGGAAAAGCAGUUAGACAGUGUGCAUCUGCAUCUACGUGAUAUUAUAAAGCUUCUAGAGAAUGAAAGAAUUGGAAACUUAUAUAGCGAAGAAGAAUUAGAGUCCAUAAUACUUCCUGUGGCGGGGAUUUACUACGAUUCUGGUAGACAAGAAUGGCUAUACAAAUAUGACGAGGGGGAUAAAAUGACAAAUAUGAGGAGCAAGAUUUGGUAUGCACAAAACUAUUCUUAUCACCAGUCCAGACAGAUGGCACUACAACAGAAGUACAACUACAUAAGGAAGAAGUAUAAUAUUUUUACUAACGUUGAUGAUGAGGAGAGAAUGUUCCUUGUCUGCAUCCGUGGGCAUGCAAAAAGUGGAGGGACUUCAAAUGGGGGCGCCCCAACUGAGGGAAACAUCAAUCAAAGGGUGAAUGCACAUCAGGGGAAGAACACUCCCACCAAGGUCUUUAACGAGUAUGACCACGGAGCUAGCAGUUCAUAUGGAUGUAUUGCCAAAAAACCAGGGCAGAGACGAAUAGAAAUGUGCAAAGAGAAGGUCAACCCGAAAGAACUACAACCAGAAGGUGAAGAAGCAGAAGAAAUAAAUCACUACCAAAAUGGCACCGGUCAGAAGCGACGCCCUUUUUGCUGCAUAAAUAAGAGCCCCUCCGACAUUAGAGAAGCAAAUUUAAAUGACACGAUUAAUCCGUUAAGUGUGCAGGUCCCCCCCAGCACAUCUUCGUUUUCAUCACAUGAAGGGACUCAUGGAAACCGUACAAUUAGCAGCAAAGGGAAAGAGAAAUUCCCUAGUUUUAACAUAAUAAACGCAAAAAAGGAUGUACACAAUUCGGUUGGCGAAUUUAAGAAAAAUAAUAUAAAAGAGAUAUCAUUCCCCGGUGGGGUUCAAAACGCAAGUAUUGUUACUCAAAAUGGAGACCCCUCUGGAGAGUACAUCGACCGUAAUAACAUCACCUCGAAGACGAGAUCCGUUCUGUACAAAACUCUAGGCGUAGAAUUCUCCAACGACUUUGUAGACAGAAUACACAACCUACCGAAGGAAAACGUAUACUAUGAGAGAGACAAAAAAAGAUGGGUGAUUAAAAUUAUCGAAAAGAAGACAAACACAUUGUUAUAUUUCAAAGAAUUUGACUGCACUGUUUUUGGAUUCAUCUAUGCCUGCAUCUUAACCAUAGAGCACAAACAAUUAUACCUAGACUAUUUUCUAAAUGAAAAAAAUUACGAUUUCUUGAUGCAGCUGAUCCAGAAUAGCCCCUUGAAGAAAAAGUUUUACUUUAAUUCUGCAGUUCAAUCGACUGGCCUAGGCAGCAACGGGAACCUCCCAGGGGACAAUACGUUCUUCAUGGAGGGCGUCAAUGAGGAGGCAAGCAUAGAAUCCAGUGCAGAAGCGGGUGCCGAAUUGAAUUACGAUGUAGAUAGACAGCGAAUCAAGUCGGGACACAACCCCAACGUUGCCUACUUGGUGGAAACCCCAGACACGGUAUUGAACGACAGAGGGAUAAGCCGAUUUGGAGAAUAUUACCAAGAAGAAAAAUUGGGAAGGGAAAAUUCAACCAUGCAUAAUAACGGCACAUUGUUGAGCAAGCUCGCACAGCUAGGAAAUAUUUUUGUCCCAAAGAUAUACCCCUCAAAGAACGAUUUGCAAGCAACGAAAAAUGAUAUGACUGAUAGAAGGAAAAUGAUUCCUUCCCUCUUGCAAAACCAAGUGGAUGGAGAAUAUUUUACGAAUGCAGUUGGCACAAACGCCUGUGGUGGAAAUGCCCACUGUUCGCGAGGGAAUAACAAAGAGAUGAACUGUCUACAAAGAAAUUUUCCACAAAAGGAAUGGUGCAACGGGGAACAGUUCAAACGAGCCCCAAGGGAGGAGCAUCAUAUUACUGAAAGGGGACAAAAAAAUAAGACCCUUUCGGAAGGAUCCCAAAAUUCGUUCCUUGCCCUAAUGGAGAAAAUGCAACUGUUUCUCCCACACGUUGAUGAUAAUAACGAAUCGAUGGUUAUAAAUAACGUCAGAAGUGACUGCCCCAGCAAAGUAGCGAGCCCAAAUGGCAAUACGGACACGCUGUCCCCCCACAGUGGAUUCCAGAAUAGCGAAAAUUUAAAAGAUGGAAUGAUUAAUGCUAACGAGACUGAUGAUAAGUGUAGGAAGAAAACCAGACAGACGAACCAAAUGAAGGCGAAAAAAGAUCCCCCACAUUUAAAAAGAACGAAAAAUUCAAAGGAUGCUGUAGCAAAUGGAAAAGAGUCCACCCUUAUGGAAGACUUGAUGCAAGAAGAGACAAAUAAUUUGCUCAAAUUAGAUUCAUACAUAGAAGCGUUGGAUAAUAACGGGGAUGCAUUUUCCUUGGCGAAAGAAACAAUCCUUUUGCUUCUUAAAAGCGUUAUAUAUUGUAUCCCCUUUCAAAUGGCCCCCUCUGUAAUAUCCAGAAAAAUUUAUUACCAAAAAAUUAAUGCCCAUGUUAAAUUUGUAUAUCAUUCUGAAACUGUCCGUGAGUUGAUGCCCUACUUUUUCAUAUUCAAGAAUGUCAUAAAAGAGAAAAUAAUGCCCACUGACCAAUCCCUCUACAUGUGUAACGUCAUGUUGUACGCCUUGUUCGAGGCGUAG